AUGAAAAUAAAUAAAUACGUCGUAAAGAAUCAAUUCGAAAACUUUCUUCCACACCCAGGAGACUUCGAAGUAAGGCAUGAGAACUUUACGAAACUAAAAGAUGGACAGUUUCUAGUUAAAACAGAGUUCAUUAGUACUGAUCCUUACUUGCGGUCGUUUGCGAAUAGGUGGAUUGCACCUUACGAUCAAUUCGGCUUUCAAGUGGGCAAAGUUAUAGAGAGCAAGAACCCCGAAUACCCGGUUAACAUGAACGUAGUUUCACAUUCCGGCUGGCGUGACUACGCAGUCCUCACCGGCGAACCCGACGACAUAUUUGGCAUUAAGCCGUACGACCCACAAAUUGGGGACUUGCCCCUGUCUCUGGCGCUGGGUACUUUAGGAAUGCCUGGCAUGACGGCCUACCUCGGCCUUUUAGAAAUAUGCAAGCCGAGGCCCGGGGACGUAGUGUGUGUGUCGAGCGCGGCGGGAGCAGUCGGCAUGGUGGCGGGACAGAUAGCGAAGUUAAAAGGUUGCAUCGUCAUCGGGUUUGCGGGCUCGCAUGAAAAAGUGAAGUACUUAACUCAGGAUUUGGGAUUCGAUCACGCUUUCAACUAUAAAGAAGUGAAGGAUGUUAAGGGAGUUAUACAAGCAGUGGCGACUGGCGUCGAUUGCUACUUCGACAAUGUCGGUGGUGAUUUAACUGAAGGUGUCUUACAGUGCAUGAAGAGGAACGGUCGUGUGGCCGUCUGUGGGUCUAUAAGUACGUAUGGGAACCCGACGCAGCAGAAAGUGCCUGCAAUACCGCCCACCGUGAAGGUGCAAUCGUUCAGCUUCACGCAAUGGAGCUGGCCGGAGCAGAAAGCUGCUAUACAGCAGCUGAAGGAUUGGGUCGAUAUCGGUUCCAUUAAAGUGAAGGAGACGGUCGUGAACGGCUUCGGAGAGCUCCCACAUGCGUUCAUCGGCAUGCUGCGAGGGGACAAUAUGGGGAAGGUCGUUGUUAAAGUUUGAAUCUUAUGUCGCUUACAAUUAAGUUCAGAAUAUGGAAAGUUUAAUUUGGAAUUAAUGGCGAACAAAAAGCAGCAUUAGUAGAUGAAGGGGAAUACACUUUGCUGACGCGUGUUUAUUCUUGAAAAUGUUGGUUUUAAUGAUUUAUAUUUGUAAUAUUAUUUAUUAUUUCAUAA